CUUCGUCACUCACAGCUAAUGGAUGUCUUUACCCAGUAUGCCUACAAUGACAGUUUCUAUGACAAUGGAACAUGGAGCUUCAACAAAACCGAUCAAGAGCAGAAGCACCCUUACAACUACUAUGCCAUGCUGCUCACUCUGCUCAUCUUCGUCAUCGUCUUUGGCAACGUGCUGGUGUGCAUCGCUGUGUCCAGAGAGAAGGCUCUGCAGACCACCACCAACUACCUGAUUGUCAGCCUGGCUGUGGCUGACCUUCUGGUGGCCACACUGGUUAUGCCCUGGGUUGUGUACUUGGAGGUAGUAGGAGAGUGGCGCUUUAGCAAGAUCCACUGCGACAUCUUUGUCACUCUGGAUGUGAUGAUGUGUACAGCCAGCAUCCUCAAUCUCUGUGCCAUCAGCAUUGAUCGUUACACAGCGGUUGCAAUGCCGAUGCUGUACAAUACUCGCUACAGUUCCAGGAGACGGGUCACAGUAAUGAUCUCUGUGGUCUGGGUACUAUCUUUUGCCAUAUCAUGUCCCCUGUUGUUUGGCCUAAAUAACACAGCUACUCGUGAUGAGUCUCUCUGUGUGAUCGCCAAUCCGGCCUUUGUGGUAUACUCUUCAAUCGUGUCCUUCUAUGUUCCCUUCAUCAUCACCCUGCUGGUUUAUGUGCAAAUCUAUGUGGUCCUUAGGAAGCGCAGAAAACGUGUAAACACAAAACCAAAGCAGCGUGUCUGUCAGGCUGCUGACCCUGAUGGAGCCACUUCGCUGAAGGAUAAGUGCACUCAUCCAGAGGAUGUGAGGUUGUGCACCAUGAUUGUUAAAUCUAAUGGGAGUUUUCCUGUCAACAAAAAGAAAGUGAUUUUCAUCAAAGAUGGAGUCAAUGAGGGGGAAGAUCUGGAGCUGGAUGAGCUGAACAACAGUGGCAGCAGCCAGAAACAGAAGCAGCAGCCACAGUGUGCGCUUGGAGACACUCCAGCCACGAGCCACCAGCUACUGAUGCCCAACAAGGCUAAUGCUAGCCCCACCUCCUCGCCUCCCACUCCCCCUGAGGAGGGCCAGAAAGCAGAAAAGAAUGGAGAUCCUACCAAGGAGGGCGAUCCAGCACCUGUUGUGGCCAAAGCCUUCCAGACACAGGCCUUACCUAAUGGCAAGACCCAGACCUCUGUGAAGACCAUGAGCAAGAGGAAGAUCUCCCAGCAGAAGGAGAAGAAGGCCACUCAGAUGUUAGCCAUCGUUCUUGGUGUAUUCAUCAUAUGUUGGCUGCCGUUUUUCAUUACACAUAUCUUGAACACCCACUGCACAAAAUGCAAGGUUCCUGCUGAGAUGUAUAAUGCUUUUACAUGGUUGGGCUACGUGAAUAGUGCUGUAAAUCCCAUCAUAUACACCACCUUUAAUGUCGAGUUCAGAAAGGCAUUCAUUAAGAUCUUGCACUGCUAA